CGAGAUGUGUGGUUUGGACGAAUACCAACCUGUUUCACUUUGUAUCAGGAUGAGAUAACUGAAAGAGAAGCUGAACCUUACUAUGCAUUACCCAAUUGGUUUGCUGUUUGAUCUCCAUGCAUCAAAUACAGCCCUUCCUUGGAGCAUCACAGUGCAUUUCAAGAAUUUUCCAGAAAAGGAUCUUCUACACUGCCAUUCUAAGGAUGUGAUUGAAGCUCACUUUAUGGCUUGCAUAAAAGAAGCAGAUGCUUUAAAGCACAAAAGUCAAGUCAUCAAUGAGAUGCAAAAAAAGGAUCAUAAGCAGCUGUGGAUGGGGUUACAGAAUGAUAAAUUUGAGCAAUUUUGGGCCAUAAAUCGAAAGCUUAUGGAAUAUCCUCCAGAAGAUAGUGGAUUUCGAUACAUCCCGUUUAGAAUUUAUCAGGCAACCACAGAGAGACCUUUUAUACAGAAGCUGUUUCGACCAAUUGCUGCAGGAGGACAGCUGCAUACUUUGGGAGAUCUCCUAAAAGACGUGUGUCCUAGUGCUAUUACCCCUGAAGAUGGAGAAAAGAAGACUCAAGUGAUGAUUCACGGCAUUGAGCCAAUGCUGGAAACACCAAUACAGUGGCUAAGCGAACAUAUGAGCUAUCCAGAUAAUUUUCUUCACAUUAGUAUCAUUCCCCGGCCUACUGAUUGAAACUCAGCUAUACUGGUAUAAGGAUCACUCUCAAGCUCGAAUUAUAAGGGCAUGUCAACUUUUUGCUUCUGUCGGUCUUGAUGGAGGCAGUCCGACCAGAAAAAACAAAAAACGAAACAAAACAAGAAGUCCUCACUGCUGCGAGCCAAACAGGAAGAGAGAUCCUAUCAGCAGAUAGGGGCAAUUGGGCUGAUCUUACUUUGCAUCACCACUGCUUUUCUUCACUGCUGUAAUUAAACUUCAGUUGCGAUAUGAAAGACUUCACAGGACUUCUGCAAGUCUGCUGUUUUCUUGUAAAAUAGAAUGAAGCUGAAACUGUCAGCCUGAAGAGCAAAUGGAAAUAUGUCACUUGAUUGUAUUUCUGAUUAACAAAUAAACAGGGGUAUUUCCUAAAGCGGUAGUGUUUCAACUUUGAGAGUGGAAACAUUGGUUUAAUUUUCUAGAAAGUUAGACACUGAGAGAUUCAGUUACCAAUAGCUUUUUGUAAAAGAUCAAAUUACUGUAAACCCAUCUUUCCUUAAUGAGAAUUUCAUGUUUACAGUAUGUGUAUUGGUAUGCAAAUGAUCUUUUAACUUUGAUAACAAGCAGUGAGAGAUUUUAAAGUAAACCCAUGAGCAUGUUUUGUCAUUUAAAAACAUGCACAACUUAAUAAUUUACAAAUACUUUUGAUUUGUAUGCAGUCACUUAGUAUACUCCAGUAUGUUUAUUAUUCAAACCGGUUUCAUAGAAUAGCAACGAUGUAGGAUAAUUUGUCUCAGGAUUUGUCAUGGCAUUUCUUUGUGCUCAUCUAAUUUUUUUUCUGUGAGACUAUUUUCUUAAAUUAGUUUUAAAAAAAAAAAAAAAGUAAAUGGCUGUUGCAAACUAUUGUAUCCUGCUGUUUAUUCCCAUAGACUAGAAAACAGUUAAAUCAUAGUAUGAUGAAAAGAUGUAUUCCUUUUAAUAAUUUUGAAUUUUGGAAAGCUGAGGCUUUUCCAAGCUAAUACUGCUUUUCAUCUGAGUUUAGUUUUUUACUGUGGUCCCUGGGCAAUCAGUCUGAAAUUUAAAAGCUUAUAAUCUCAUUGCAUAGAUUUUUUUCCCUUAAUUUAGCAGAUGUAUUUUUAGGUUAUUGGAUUGCUUUGGUUUUUAAAUGUUUGUUUACUGUUACAGCUGCUACUAGGAUUCUGCCAUUUUUUCACAUUAUGUUAAAUUCAUCAAACUGUGUGCCAUAUUACUUUGUCUACAGUUUUCAGUUGUUUGUGGCACAAGAGUAUGUUUAUAGUAAACAUAUUAUCAACUACAUUUUCUAAAGAAAAUAGGACCUUUUGCUUUGAGAAAGAGUAGCUGUUGAAGUUCUUGGUGAGUCUGGGCUUGCAAAUGUUCUGCUGCCAUUCUGUUUUGUUUCCACACUGCCUUUAUGGUAGGAUACUUGCCUGUAUCUGAAAAAGAAGAAAAUGAAAAUCAAAGCAAAUCCAUCAAAAAGCUCUUUAAGGAGAAGAGGAAAGGAUUUCUUUGGGCAAGGGUAGAAUUGAGGCUAGAAAAGCCCCAAGGGCACAAAAAUGUCAGUAGAACCAAUGGUGUUUAAAAUGUAAAUGAGGAAAAAGCGUUAAGGCAAUGGAAGGAGAAAAGUAACAGUGAAAUAAAUACAUGCUGUAUUCUGCAGGUCAUGAAGAAUUUUUAAAAUGAAACAAAAUAUGUUGAUCUGUGUAAUGAAGGAUGGAAAUAUAAUAUUCUUUUAGAGGGAUGAUUUGGUUGAAUUAUUCUAAUUUUCAACUCUGGAUUUUUUUUUACAGGGUUGGAUUGGCAUGUAUAAACUUUCAUAGGCAGCCACAUCUAAAUAUUCUGGAGAAUUUCAACGUACUGCCAAUGGAUAAAGCAAAUAUUUUGUAGAGUCUUCAUAUUUAGAAGGAAAAAAAGCCUUUCAUAGGGACAAUUUUCUGAUAUCCAGGAUAAAUAUAAGAGGCAGUGCAUUUAAAAAAGAAAAACUAUAAAGACUUUCCUUUGUUUUAAGGUAAACUGGAGAAGUCACUGCCUGUUUUAGCAUAUUCUACACCAGCAUUUUAAGUAUGCAGCUCUCUUCUCAUGGCCCAUGUUUGCUAGUAAAUCCAACUUUUAAAGCCUGGCAUGAAACAAACAAUAAAAAGCUUGGCUUUAAAACAUACUCUUUCCUCUUAUUUUAACUAUUUAAACUUUAUUAAAAAAUGAAAUAAAGUUUGAGUCUGUCUUUAUUUCCAGCUAAAUAAGAAUCUUUGUUUGGUGGAGUGACAGAAGGAAAACAUUUACUAAUACUUAAGUAAAUACAUUUUGUGUUUAUUUACAUAAAGCUGGUAGAAAGAUGUGUCUGAACAAAAGCACUACAUUACAAAAAUGGUAUCUUUGCUUUAUCUGAUUGUAACUAUAUCUGAUUUUUAAUAUCUGAUUUUAAUCAUUCUCUUUUAUUUUCACUGCCUUGCUGUGUGAAUAACAGUAGUAACAGAAGGUGCACUGUGGCUUGAUUACAUGUUUUUCUUCAGUGUGAAAUUCUGUAACUUCUGAAAAAACAGAUUCAGUCUAAACUGGUCAGAGUCUAAACUAGUACUCACUAAAUUCAUUUCAGUGCUCAUGGAAAGUGGCAAAUAAACACACAUUCCUCUAAGUUUAGAAUCGAAGUGUAUCCAAUGAACAAAGUAAAGCAUAGUUUUAAAAAGGCAAAAAAUGGCUUGUUGCUGCAUUCGCUGUCGCUGUUGGGAAUAUUUGUGUAUGACAGAAGACUUGCAGGAAUGGGAAGAAGAGAUAUUAAUGUUAAGGACAACUCAGGCAGAGAGAAACAUGCAGUAUGAACUAGCUAUUAAUAAACUUAUGUCAAGGAAAACUAUUGAGCUUUUUCAAACCAAGUUACUCCUCUCCAAAGAGUUUUAGGGGCUGUGGAAUAAGCUAAUAUGAAGACUAAUAUAUGAUAAGGGUAAGAGCUGGUUGCCUGUGACAGCCGCCAUGGGAGUCAGUGACUGGGAAAGUCCUUUCCAUUCUGUGUCCUUGUGUGUUUUGCUCUGAUAGCUGGAUAGCUAUCAGCUGAUGAGCGGUUUUGAUCAUCACUUCCAGUAUUGGUUUAUUUGUGGUAUGAUAAUUAAGGCAUUUUUCACUUCCUUCUAUGGUGAAUGACAUCUGAGUGACAAAUCCUUAUUUAUGGCGCUGAUGAUGACUUUCAUUUUGGUGGUUUUCUGUUUUCAGUAUUUAGGAAAAUCUGCAUCUCAGAUGUACAAGUGUAUUGGCACACUCUUAGGCGUAAAAAGUGGCUCUUUGCUAUAGAGGAUGUUUUAAACAAAUGUGUGACGUGCUUGUCGGUGAUAAUUUAGCAAAUCAAGAGGCUUAACAAAAAAGGACAGAGGAAUGCUUUUUAUAGGCACUUUCCAAAAUGAACGUUAUGUGCAGUAGUCAUUUAAAACUCUCCAAACAAUCUAGGGGUUAUUUUGCUUACAAAUAUAGCAGUAAGGUAGAGAAUGUGUUUAUUCCUAUGCUGAAUUUUAUUCCUAUAUGUAGAAGUUAAAAUUGUUUGCAUACUUGUAUAAGCCUAAUACUGAUAUUGAUGACUAUCAAAUUGUGCUAGAAGGAGAACUAGGUUUGUGACUGGGAGGUCUCCUGUGAGUGCAAUUCUUCUGAUAUUGCAAAUGGAUGAAAUGUGGAGUUUGAGUGAACCCGACUUUCACCUUCCAGCACAAACAAAAUUACUCUGAAAGGCCUUUACAGAGAAAAUAAUGUUACUUUCUUGAUGUGGCAGAAGUUUAUUUCAGGGGAAAAUAUUUCCUAAUUAAAAAUAUUUAUGAUUCAAAGUUUGUGGCUAUAUCAGGGUAAUAAAAAGGCUCUCAGAAAAUGGCUUAAGCCAUUGAUUUUAGCGCUCCCUGAUUAUUUGGACAGGAAAGAGGUUCCUGAAGUGAGUGGCCUUUUUUUUUUUAAACUAAGGAUGGGAAAGGAUAUAUACAGAGGGUUUUAGAAUAUCAUAUUACAUGUAGAAUGGAUUUCCAAAUUAAAGCAGGUAGGUGUCUGUUCUGUUUUAAAACUUCUGAUUUUGAGACAAUGCUGGUGACAUUUCAAAAUGUCAUACUGAACCUGAGUAAUAUUUCUUUAGAGAUGCACAAAGAUGUGAAGUUUCAAAUGCUCAGAAGUAGAUUUCGGAUUUCUGUAGUUUUAAGUCAUACUGUCACAUUAGUUUGUGGAAGAAGAGCUUAAAAUGAUCACGAGAUGUAUGUUUUCUUUCCUUCCUUCCCCUUUCAUGCCUGCGAGGUUCAAGUAAUUCAGUUAUUUAAACUGUGAAAUAAAACAUCAGUUUCUCUAAAGAGUAGAUUGAAGAACACAAAAGAAUAAAAGUUCUUUCAAACGCGACAAAC